CCUGAACAGUAGAAUUCCCUGGGUGGACAACCGUUUAUAGUUGUAUUAGAGAUUCUUAAGUUCUGAGCGCUCCAAUUUGCAAAAAGUGGUGACCCAGUGGUUACAGAAUGGGCUGCUAACUGCAAGACCAGCAGUUCAGAAUUACUAUCACACCUGGACAGAAAGACGGUUUCUACUCUUGUAAGAAGUUACACUCUCGGGAAGCCCACAAGGGGCAGUUCAUCUUCUCCUAAGGGGUCGCUAUAAUCGGAAUCCACUCGAUGGCAGUGAGUUGGGUUUUAGGUUUGGGUUGCUGAUGACAGUGACAAUCAGUGUCCAUUUGCUGCGUCCCCACUUUGAUUAAGCCGCCUUUAAAUUCUCUCUGAUCAUUAACCAAGGAUAUAGAUCAUCUCCCCCUCGGGAGAAUGCAUUAGAAAGUAGAUUGCCUUUGCUCCUUUGCAGCCUGCCCUCUCCACGGCCUGCCGAGGUGUAUGCUUGAUGGAGGUCACCUUACUGAGGACAGAACAGGGGCCAUUGUCAUGAGCCUUGCCUUGACUGGCUUUGUAUGAAGGCCCCGGACCAGUCUUAUUUUGACGAACCAGCAGCUUAGAGGAAGGAGGAAGAAGUACCUGGUUUGGGUAUUAUUUCUGGGAUGUCCCCAUGAGAGACUGAAAUUUGAGCAUCAUUAGAGCUGAUCCAGACAAGACAAACAGAGCAUCCCAGUUGCCGGCAGUUUUAUAAGGACCAAAGACAAUGACCAAGGAUCAGGAAUCACUGACCUUCAACGACGUGGCUGUAAAGUUCACCUGGGAGGAAUGGCAGCUCCUGAACCCUGCUCAGAAGUUCCUAUAUCAGGAUGUGAUGUUGGAGAACUAUCGCAACCUGGUUUCCAUUGCCCAGAAGUUGAAGCACACCCUGGAACCUUGCAACUCGCAGUACCCCGCGUUUGUCUCAGAGCCCACCAUCAAGGAGACCACCGGGAACAUUGCGCAUGAAGACUGCUCCAAGUCAACCGCCUAUGCCCAGCCUGUGUCCCAGGUGGACACAGGGUGUCUGGCGUCUCAGGAUCCCAGAUGGCACCCUGGUCCCGGGCUUCUCUACCCCAGAUGGGUGGACACUGGGAGCCUGGUUUUGCUGGAUUCCAAGUGGGUCCCCUGGUGCCCAGCCUCUCUGCCCCAGACCAGCACCCAGGUCAUCCCCCAGGUAUCCAGGUGGUAUGACCCAGGUGUCCCCCUGAUGCCCGGCCUCUCAGCCCAAGAGGGGCCCCUGAUGUUCCAGUUGGAUGUCCCAG